AUGGUUAGAACGGUUUAUUCGCCAGAAUAUUGUCUUCAAUAUCUAGAACAAUAUGCUUCGCAGGAAACAUUUGUGUUGGGGUUGAUUUUAGGCCAGAUAUCAAAUGCACGUGAAAAUGUUAUCCAUCUGGCUAGAACUCCUGAAGAGAAACCGGUAGAGUCAUCAUCAGAAGCUAGCUUCACAUCGGAAAAAACAGAGUUAGUGCAUAAUUUAUUAGCAGUUUCGGAGGCGUGGGUAGCGGAUCACGCUAGACAUGUUACUCGAAUGCUUCCUGGAGGGAUUUUCGUACAAGGGAUCUUUAUAACAAGUGAUGAAGAUAUCUUUGAAGAUCCAAAUCAUUUUAGCAAAGUUAGAGCUGUGCUUAAUUAUGUUCAUAAAGCAUUAGGCAUGAAUCAGUUUAUGUAUGGAAAUUACACAAAUUUAAAUGAAAAGCUCAUACUUCAUAUGUCCACAAGCACAAAGGUUCUGACAUGUAAGACUAUUGAAGUAGGCGUCGGUAAGAAUUCAGCUAUAAAACCUGUGGAUUGGAAGUUUUUACCUAAACAUCAGCAAUGGCAGCGUUUAGAUUGUUACUAUGAAUUUGAUGAAGUUUAUCCUGUGAUAGUAAAGAAAAGUGGAAUAUCUGUUAAACAACAAUUUCAGCAAAUUUUAGAAUCUGCAAACAAAACUAUUUCAUCCAGUGUUAUGUUUAUUGACGGUGAGCUGAAAGAUGGUUCUGAGGCAUUGGAGCAACUUGUUAAAAAGAAAAGACCCAAAAGUAGUACAAAAUGUGCACAAGAUACCCCUAAAUCAAUGCAUGUGUCUUUAUUUGUGCCUUUUGAAAACAGUCUGCCAGAAACAGUGGAGUAUUUGGAGUGUGAUGGAAGCAUUCAUUUCAGUGGUGUUGUGUCAUCGAGUGUGUUCAUGUACCCCAAAGCCACUGUUAGCGAAGCUAUCUUAGCGGUAAAACAGGACAUAAUAAGAUCAUUAGCUUCUCGGUUCACCAUGCACUGUGAUGCUUUGAUUGAUGAUAAUUUAUUACCUGAGGAAAAAGUAUGUUUCAAUGAGCCACCAAGACGAGUGUUAGUUCCAGUGGGUUCCUUAUAUUUUUGUGACUAUCUUUUCCCCGGGGAGGCACCUGCUGAGGCAUUAUUGUCUGUUAAAGAGCUAUUAGACUUACAAAUAACAGAGAGUGAGGUCAUUUGUGAUGUGGAAACUCCCGCAGAUACAUCAGAAUUUGAUGCUCUUGAUAGGGAUACAAGUAGCGAAGAACUUUUAGCGACCCCUCAAGAAGCGAGCCAGUUCAUGUAUAUAACAGGCAUAUGUUUUGCUAUGCUUGUUCUCUUUGUGUCAAUUCUAAUACAUUACUAUGAUGCCAUUGUUCACUUUAUUAGUAAUGUAGUGUCUAGAUCUUAG